AUGACCGAGAGACGAAAGGCACCUAAGGUGUCUAAGGUCGCUAGAGAAAAUCUACGUGUUUCCGGGUUCAAGAUUCCUAAAGACUUGACACCAUUGAAGAGCCUGCUAGCCAAAGACGGUCUCGGUUCGAAGACUAUUCAUGAGAUAGAGCCUGGGCAGUUGGGAUUUGGUUCCGAUAUCAACCAGCGCAAUCAGAGUCGGACACUCUGGUUUACACAGCACUUCGUAUGGAAGAUCGAGCCCGCUAAGGUUUAUGUUAUAUCUAAGGGUUCCAAGCGUGCGCUCGUGCUCUCUGACGGUGGUGAUGAGGGAGAGCGGAACUCCCUCGGGAAAGCAUCAAGCCAGAAUGAUCCUGCGCUUCUUGCUUCAGAAUUGGAGGCAUAUAAGGGUUGGCUCAAUUGUGGCGAACUCAAGCUUGCCGAACUGCUCGAAGUGGCUCCGGAAGAAGAGGAGUCUGAUGAUGAUUGGGGUUAUAAGGGUGUUUUACCACCACUGUUUUUAAGAUGUACCUAG